CCGCCUCCCCCCCCCCGCCGCCGCCGCCAUGGCGGAGCGGAGCCGCGGCGCUCGGCGGCGGCUGCUGCUGCUGCUGCUGCUGCUCCUGGCCGGCUCCGCCGCCAGCCCGGCGGAGGAGGGCGGCGGGCGGCGGGAGGCGGGCGGCGGGGAGCACGGCGAGGAGGCGGCGCGGCACCACGACUCCUCGUACGGCACCUUCGCCAGCGAGUUCUACGACCUGCGCUACCUCUCCGAGGAGGGUUACCCUUUUCCUACUGCUCCUCCUGUGGACCCAUUUGCAAAAAUCAGAGUGGAUGACUGUGGAAAAACCAAGGGAUGCUUCAGGUAUGGUAAGCCUGGAUGCAAUGCAGAGACUUGUGACUACUUUCUAAGUUACCGCAGAAUUGGAGCUGAUGUUGAAUUUGAGUUGAGUGCUGACACAGAUGGCUGGGUGGCAGUGGGAUUUUCCUCAGACAAGAAAAUGGGAGGAGAUGAUGUCAUGGCUUGUGUUCAUGAUGAUAACGGAAGAGUCCGAAUACAGCACUUCUAUAAUGUUGGUCAGUGGGCUAAAGAAAUCCAGAGAAAUCCUGCUAGGGAUGAGGAAGGGGUUUUUGAAAACAACCGUGUAACGUGUCGAUUCAAGCGUCCUGUCUAUGUUCCCCGAGAAGAAACCAUUGUAGACUUGCACUUGAGUUGGUACUACCUGUUUGCCUGGGGCCCAGCAAUCCAGGGUUCUAUAACUCGUCACGAUAUCGACUCUCCACCGGUGUCAGAGCGCGUUGUCAGCAUUUACAAGUACGAAGAUAUUUUCAUGCCUUCAGCUGCCUAUCAGACCUUCUCUUCUCCAUUCUGCUUGCUCCUCAUUGUUGCACUGACCUUCUAUUUAUUGAUGGGAACCCCAUGACCAAUGGAAAAUAGCAAGAAUUUGGCAGUGGAAGUUUCUCAGGAUGGACGGCUAUAUGGAUGGACAAUGCAUUUUUCUUUUGAAAUUUAUAUCACAUCACCAUCCUCAUCUAGCUGCUUUUGAACAUAGUUAGCUUCUCAGAAGAGUGAAAUAACCAUCUCCCUUGAGUGGCAGAGUGGUGGCAAAUCAUUUAAGAAAAUCAGUGAACACAUAGAAGAGUAUUUUCAGUGUUGUGAUUACUUGCUUAAGGAAAAUGAGACUUUUGUAAAAUCAAUGUGUGUAUGUGUGUGUGUGUUUGGGAGGGGUGCCUGUAUGUGUGUUCAGGUGAAUUUAGUGAUGGACAUCUUAUCAAAUAACAAAAUUGCCUUCCAAAUUGCUACAAAAAAGCAAAUUUGGGAAAACACUGAAAUGCUAUUUGGUACUUCUAGAGCAGAGAGCACAACUCCAAGUGCAGUUUCUAAUCUUAAGACCUGGAAACCAACACAGCAGUAUAAAAACUGCCCUUCAGUAGUGGAUAGUUCUCCCAAUUUCUUCUUUUUUUUUUCAAUAUUUUUCAAAGUGUACUUGCUGUAGUACUUUCCAAAACUAAACUUGCAUAUUCAAGCAUUAGCAUGGUUUUUUUAACAGAAAUAGGUGAUGAAUGUCUUUAUUGUGUUUCAAUAGCCUUUUUGAAGGAAAUGCCUACUUCUUUUAUGAGUGAGAUAUAAAAUAAUUUAAACAAGGGGAAGGGAGAAUACAGCAAUAUAAAUUCUCCAUACAUGGGAAAACCAGGUGUAAAACAUGCAGACUAUAAAAGUUCCCAACAAGCCAUAGGAUGUCCUCCUAAUAGAUUAAAUCAAUGUUUCUCUUUUUAUGAAAAAAAAAACAAUUUUGCUGACAUGUAAAUAUAUUUUUAAGUAAUUGUGCAGUAGUAUGAAGUAAUCGCUUUUUCUGUGUUGUAUGCCACUAAAUCCUGUUCAUGUUAAGGGUGACUGUAGGCAGCUGGUGUAAUCUUACAAAGAAAUAUAAAUGAGAUUACUUGUAAGGAAAGACAGGGAUUAAUAAGAACAGCAGUAUCUUUCAUUCAUCAAACCACUGCUAAAAUAUAGGUAUUGUGGAAAAAGAUGAUCUAAAGAGGAAAUACAUUAGCUGUUUUUAUCACCAUAAAAUAGUACAAGAGGAAUGCUAAAAUUUACAGAGAUGAAAAGUGUCAAAAUGCAUUUAUGAGCCGCAGACUAUAACAAAAACUUGAAGAAUUUCUGUUCUUUACAUAAUAGGAAGUGUAUGACAUGUUUACAUAUAGCAGUCAAAUGUGUUUAGGUAAGGUUACUCAUUCACUUUCCAACUUACACAAAAAUUCUACUUAAGUAGAAUUAAAGUCUGACUAGUGCCAAAGUUUUAUCUAAUGUGAUACACUUGAGGACUCUCUAACAUAGAAUCUGGUAAAGUAUAUGUAAUGCAACUCCUUUCUAUUCUCAUUGCUGCAUGGAGUAUAAAAUGAUUAAUUAGCUUGGUUGGGUUUGCAUCAUUAUUCACAGAUUGAUGUCUGUAGACCUAAGUUUUUUUAGGCUCCAAAUUCUUCAAACUUAUACUUAAGGUAUAUGAAUUAGAUUGAAGAUGAACUUAACUUCAUAACAAACACUUUAUCCCUAUUUCAAAAGAUUGAUUAAUAUUUUAUAUUUUCAUUGAUGUCUUUAAGGAUUCGUUCACUUAAAAUUACUAGACUAGAGUUCAGGAAAAGGAAGAGAAAUACAGAAGUGAACUUCUAAAGUGCAUACAGUAGCUUUAUUUAGUACAAAUUACUUCUCUCAGGUUGGUUAACUUACUCAUCAUCUGAUCAAGUAGAGACCACCUAGUAAGGUCUGCUUUGGCCCACAACAGCUGUGUAAUUUAGCCUUAAGAUUGGCUGGAGCAGAUAAGCAAAAGCCUGGAUAAUGAGCUUUACAUUCAGCAAACAGGUGAAGUGAAGAAAUCAUUAGGGUAAAUUCUUUCUCUCAGGCAGCCGAGAUAUUGCAGUUCUUUCUCAGAGCCUGAGGGUUGCUUUAGUUUAUGGCUUGGUUUUUACUGUUUCAGCUGUUUACUUGAUUACCCACUAAAGGGCUAAUUUAAUAAUUUAAAGGUACUGAACUUGGAUAGAAACACGGUUUGGCUUCUCUUUUCUUCUUUAAUAGAGCUCUGGAUUUAGGAUAGGAUUUCAGCCUGGUUGGACCUGAGCACACAGGUAUGUUAUAGAUGACAAUAAUAAUAGCAAGGUAAAAUUGUGUGACAGAGCUGUCAAUCUGUUUUCUACAUAUAUGGAGCCAGAUGUGGUUAAAGUUCAGGAUUAGAAGCAAGAGCAAAGUAGUUUACAUUAUUUUUUUAUUCCUUUUUCAAAUUACUUGUCAGUGUGCUGUGUUUUUGUUGUCAUACUUUUCUCUUGUUGAAGUACUAGCAGAAGUGUGCACUUCUAAAAAAUCUUUCAUCUAAGCUUCACAGUACUUAAUUAGCCUAAUAAAGUGUUUCUAAUCAAAAGGGAGGAAAUAAAAGGCCGCAGGAAGCAGCAAAACAAUCUAUUAUAUGGCAUUUAAAUGGAUGGUUGAGUUUAGCACUGAGUUUAUCUAAGAGUUCCUCCUCACAGUGGGAAAAUCAAGACUGUGGAAUCCAAGUUGCCAAACAAUGGAGGUAUGAGUAUCUAGAAGUUGGUAGUUGGGAUGAAAUCUGAGGAGAGAAAGGUUAUAAGGGAAACGUGGUAUGUAAGCUUGUAUGAUAUUUGGUAAGUGUUAACAUUUGAGUGGGCAUAGUAACUUGUCAUGGAGACUAUUUUGGGUUUCACAUGUUGUCUUCUUGUUUUUCUUUUUAAUAUUGAAAAGCAGGAUUUAUCCCUGUUACACAAAGUUACUAUAAAGUAACAGACUUCAAAGUAAUUUUUAAUUGAUUGUGGCAUUUCAAAGAUUUUUUGUUUUAUUAUUUUUUCUAAUUGACUGGUACUAACACAAACUAGAAGAAAAGAUGUGCUUUGGAAAAGGAGGCAGAUACUUCCCACUCCAAAUAAUUUUUUGUUUCUUUAGUGUGAUUACUACCAAACAACUAUUUAAGAAUACAUUUCCUAAGUGCUUUAAUUUUAAGAAUUUCUUUCUACAGAAUGACUUCAUACAGAGGCAUUGAGUUUAGAGAGAGCAUAUAUAGAGUAUGGUGUUGUUUGGAAAUUUGACUGUGGCUACUAAUUAGAAAGGUUUUUUUUUUUCAUAUUUUUUUCAUUGCUGGUAUCAGAUAACUGGGUUUUUUUAAGGUAUAGGUGAAAUGCUAAUUGAUUUCUCCCUCAAAAAAAAAAAGCACCUAACUGAUUUGGUAAUGUAAUUGGAUAAUGGGUGAUGGUGUCUUCUGUUAUUACAAGGGAAGUAUUCUGUUUUUGAAAGAGAAUGUAUUGAUGAGAAAAGUUUGAACUCCCUCUAUGGCCUUCUUUGUCUUGAUGGGUUUUGCACUACUUGGAUAGUAAGAAAAUAAACACUUGUGGCCUCCCUAGUCUGAAGAAACCCCCAGUCUGGGUUAAAUGAUGUUAAAGCUGUGUUUGGCACUGACUUUCCCAAUCUUCAGCACAGGGAUUAGAGAAUCACUGGCGUGUGGUGUACGUCAGCAUGGCACCCAGGCAGUGGUCUUGGAGCUCACUUGGGGCACCAUAUCCUGAAAAAAGAGCCCUGCGACUGCCUCUAUGUACUAAAUAGCUAAGAAGUUAUUUCUUAGUAACUGCUAUAAGUUCAAGGGAAGACAGAGGCGUUCUUUUCUCUUUUCUUUUUUUUUUCUGUUCUUACUUUCUCAUCCCUCCAAUGCAUGAGAGAUUUACAAAAAAGAAAAUUAUUCCAGUUUUAGAGGGUAGACCCUCUGUCUGGCCUUUCACAUCUUUUCUUGGUCCAUUGGCAUUUGCACUUUCCAGUACUCCAGAGGCAGAAUUAAAGUUUAUAUGCAAAUUAUUUAACUUUAAUAGCAUUUAAAUGGCAUUUUGUUACUCUAUGGUUUCAUUAGUUUGGCACACUGUUGUGUAGCAGGUGUACUUCCCCCCACCCUCUUCUUGUUUUAACAUCUCCAAAUAAUUUCCCCAAAGUAUUUGGUAAUAGACAUAGCAAGAACAAAAUAUGUAUUUCAGAGGAUUACAUAAGGUCUAAUACCAGUUAUUUUCAGAAGUAGCUAUUAUGUUAGUGUUUUAUACAGAAGAUGACUUUGCAUAGAGCCUUAGAUUUAUAAUAGAAUCAGAAAUACUUUUAAAUAUUACAGUGUUUCAGUGCUUCAUGGAGCUGUGGAUGUGCAUGGCUUACAAGAAUUGAUGUGAUCCUUUUCAACCCCAUGUAAUGAAACUGGCAAAGCAGUUUGCUUGAAUGCUGCACAGUGAGGCAUUGGUGACUCCAGACAGUUUGGAACAGAAGAAUGGAGAGACUGGUAGUAAGGACAAAUAACAAAGAAGGGCUAAUGGUUUUGGCGUAAUUUCUGGUUUUUGUAUAAAUUUACAUGUGGCAGUGCCCAUCUGGCAGUGUUUAUUUAUGCAAGUAAGUAUUACUUGAUGUACAGUUAGGAAGGAGUAGAGUCUGACUUGAGAGAGAUUUUGGCUGUCAGACAGGUCCCAGCUGUUUAAGGGCUGAUGAUCAGGUCAGACCAUGCCACAAGAUGUCCUCUGCUGUCAAGCUCCAAGUUAAGAGCUGGAGGCUUGAUCUGGCCUUCAGAGGUACAAAAACCCAACAAGACCCCAGAGGCAACAGCAGCAGUCAGCUGCAGCAGGGAGUACCUGCUCAGUUUGUAGAAUGGCCAGUGACCAGGUACUCUCUGAUGGCUGCAGUCUGAGUAUCAAAAGAUGGGAGCUCUAAAUCUUAACAGCUUUGUACGUUAGCUCUUCUAAUUGAAAUUUUAUUAUCAGUAUUUCUGUAGCAGUCUCUCUGGGGGGCUCUCCCUCAACCUACCCAGGAUAGAGAUGGAUCUAAAAGGAAGAUUUUAAAGAAAUGUCAAGUCCUUGUGUACAAAAAUUACUAAAAAAAAGAAAAUAAUUUUCUUAACCAUAUUCCAGCUUUUUACAUUUUUUUUUUCUUAUCUAGUUAUUUAUAUGCAGUUUGUAUGUCGAGGUAUCUGAUUUUUGCAAAUACAUAGUGAGAUCUAGGUAAGCCUUCCUUUUCUAAACAUUUUUUAUAAAUAUGAAGUAAUCCCUUUGGUAACUUUUUUUCUACUUUCACAGUAGGCUUGCUAGAAUUAUAUAUGCUUAAACAUGGUUACUUAACUUACCUAAUUUGAGCUCAGAUAGUGAGGCAAAAGCAGUGCAAUUUUGAAAUGUCAGAGAGGAUGUGUGCAGCUUAUGGAGUUGAUAGGUGUGAAAAUGUAGACUUAAAAGACAUUACUUGCUUUGAAAAUCUGUGUUACAACUUGGCAGUAGCAAAAAAUCUGCUGUAAAGAAGGGGACAGAUUUUUUUUUCCCUUAGAUUACUGAGUAUUUUGGUUAGAACUCAUAGGCUAUAUCAGGUUGGAAGAGAUCCAUAUGGAUCUUGGAGCCCAACAAACACUGUACUCCUCACAGGACUGCCUAAAACUAACCCAUAUGACUCAGAGCAUCAUCCAGAUGCUCCUUGAACUUCCCUGUAGAGCCUGUUCCAGUGACUGGGCACCCUCUUAGACAAGAAUCUUUUUCUAAGGUCCCAUCUGAACUUCCUUUGACAUGGUUCCAUAGCCAUUCACAACUGUUGCUUUUGCCCUCUUUCUGUGUUUCUUAGCUAAGUAGGAAUGUUCUUCCAAACCAAUGUGAGGUUGGAAUAAGUGCAGGACUUCACAUCCUCUAUCUUAGAACAGCUGCUGCUCCACAUAGGCUCUAUCUGAUCUGCAAUUAAAGGCUAAUUAGGAAUGUCCUUACAAGAUGAACUUUCAUGUGGCAUUCUUAAGACAUUUUCUGUAAAGGUGUUUUACUCUUUAGAGCAUUACAAAAUUACUAGUACUUUUCUGAACUGUUUCUAAAUGAUUCUUAAAUUCAUAUUUGCAUUCUUGAAGAAGUAAUUGGAUUUUUCAGAAGUGCUGAGCAGCUGCAAAUCUGUUAUGGCUCCAAUGCUUACUCAGGGAAGCGAACAUUUUAUGGUAACUCGUGAUUUAGCUUCAUCUCUCUCUCUUAGUUUUGACGUCAUUCAGUUUAAUUUCCUGUGGUGGUAUUGGUAGAAGACUAAAUAAAUGAAAAAAUCACUUAGGUUUUGUGCUAAGGAAUAAAAAUAUUCCUGCUGAUUUUUCACAACAGUGAUCUGUAAGAUUUAGAAAAUGAAAAGUAUUCUUAACAGAAUUAAUAUUUAGGCAAUGUGAUUUAUCUGAAGAUAUUUGUGUGUGCAUGUAAAGUCUGAGAAUUAUACAAGAUUAUACGAGAUAGUCUAAAUUCUGUUCUGGAGACAAGACAAAACACAGAACCUUACAUGUUCCCUGACUCCUAGCUGAUUUUGGGGAGGCAGAAUGAUACAGGAAGAAAAUAUAUAAACCUGAGCUAUUAUGUGUGUGGUGUUUAUGUUUGCAGUUCUUACACACACACUCCUUCUUUCUUCAAUACAAAAAUUAUCCUCAGACGUACUACAGUGUUAUUUUCAUUUUUUUUUUGCAUAUAAGCUGAAACAAUAAUAAGUUCAAUAAGUCAAAAGAAUGUUGUCAUAUAGAGUAUUAGGGUAAUAAGAAAGGAAGCACAGAUGCCACAGUUAAACCUAGGAGGAAAAAAAAAUCUUGUUAUUUAAUGGUAUCUGUUUCUGAAAUACUUUCUGAAAUACAGAAAGCAAUGGGUUCUUUUUCAGUUUUUUACUUUUGGUGAUAUGAAAUGAAUGAUAAAUAUUGAAAUAUAAAAAAUUACAAUAGAAUUUUAAAAGCUGGAGUUAUCAUUUAAGUCUUGACAAAGAGAUUCAAAUAUUAAAUUUCAGACCUAUUAACUCAUUAGAAAAAUGAAACAAUGGGACCCUGACAUUUGUGUGUGAUGUUCCCAGCCUUUAUUUAGGUAGAUAUAUUUUAUUAGCAUGUUGAGUUCUGUUUAGGUUAUAGCUGAUGCCUGAUAUAUCUUGGUAUUUCUGAUUUAUAUAUCCUGAGGUCUGGUUUGCUUUAACCUCUUUGCAAAUAAGCUGGCUGUCAUAACUAUGUUAACUCUUGCCACUUGUUUCUUAUUACAUGAAAUGUAAUGGUUGAACCUGAAAUGCCAUCUCUACCUUUUGAAUUUAUUCAGUUCUUUGUCAAGACUAAUAUACAGAUAAAACAUACAAAUAAGGAACUUGUAACUAUAGUGUUAAGUGGUGUUCUGCAUUCUCUAUGCUAGGCUUCAUUCUGUAUGCCAAUACUCAGCAGCCAUGUGAAGUCAAUGAGCAUUUGGUUGGAUAGGAAUGCAGAAUGGAGGUUUUGUAGUCCAGAAGAAUUUGUCAAACUUCUUUGUGCUCUAGUCUUUUCAGCAAAAAUAACACUGAAUGAAUAGAUAAUGAAAUUACAGUGACCUAUGGGACUACUUUACAAUCAAUGCAUGCCCUAAAGUAUUGCUUUGUAACAUCUGUUUUAUACUAAAUGUUGGUGUUCAAGUGAGCCUUGUUAGCAAUUUGACAGUGACAGACAAUGAUAUUUAUAAAACUGUUGCAAUAAAUGCCUUUUUAGUCUAAGAAAA